CACACAGAAAACAUUAUCAUUCAAGGAGUGCUUCUCCUGUGAUACUUCCAAAAUGAAAAUUGAUAUUCAUAGCCACAUUCUACCUAAGGAAUGGCCUGACCUGAAAAAGAGAUAUGGAUAUGGUGGAUGGGUACAGCUGGAUCAUCACUGCAAGGGACAGGCAAAGAUGAUGAAGGACGGAAAGGUUUUUAGAGUUAUUCAAGAGAACUGCUGGGAUCCAGAAGUACGGAUUAAAGAGAUGGACCUGUCAGGUACCUUCCUCCAUGAAGGAAUUGAAAUCAUUGAGUCUCAUUUAGAAUAACUGCAACUUCUCUGU